AUGUGUCAGCGAGGAAAAGAACCAGGACCAAGAUGCUCACACGCCAUAGCCGUGGUCGGAGACAAGAUCUACUCCUUCGGCGGCGAACUAAUUCCCAAUGUCCCAAUCGACAAAGAUCUUUACGUCUUUGACAUCUACAGUAACACCUGGUCAAUUGCUCCAGCCACCGGAGACAUCCCUCACCUCAGUUGCUUAGGUGUCUGCAUGGUGGCCGUAGGAUCCACACUCUACGUGUUUGGUGGCCGAGACGAGUCACGUAAAUACAAUGGGUUUUACUCUUACGACACGUUGAAAAACGAGUGGAAGCUUCUCACAUCGGUCGAGGAAGGACCCGAGGCUCGUAGCUUCCAUUCGAUGGCAGCGGAUGAAGAGAAUGUGUAUAUAUUUGGUGGGGUUGGCUAUACCGUGAGGCUCAAGACACUCGACAAAUAUAACAUUGCUGAUAAAAAGUGGGUUAAGUUACCGAGUCCGGGAGAGAAUUUAGUAAUAAGAGGAGGACCAGGGCUUGUGGUGAUUAAAGGGAAGAUAUGGGUGGUUUACGGGUUUACAGGUGAGGAGUUGGCUGAUGUUCAUUGCUUUGAUCCGGUCCAAAACGAGUGGACAACAGUUGAGACUACCGGAGAGAAACCGUCUAAGAGAAGCGUUUUUGCGACAGCGGCUAUAGGGGAUGAGAUCAUUGUGGUUGGAGGAGAGACUAAGAUGGACCCUCGAGCCCAUCUUGGUCCCGGGGAAUUGUCUGGUGAGGCUUUCGUGUUCAACACGGUAACCUUGGAGUGGAAGAUACUUGGAGAUGGAGGAGAGGAGAUGGGUCGGCCCGGGCCACGUGGUUGGUGUGCCUCGACGGCUGCGACCGUCUAUGGAAAGAAAGGGAUGCUGAUUUUUGGUGGCAAGGCUCCGGAUAACGGCCGCUUUGAUGAUCUCCACUUCUAUGAAGUUUAUAACACUUAA